GCAUAUAUAACUUCCACAAUGCAACACAGCAGACACUCUUCUUCUUCUUUUAUCUUUGCUGGGGUAGUGGGGCCUUUGUUUUCUUGAAGAAAAAUCCCUUGUUUAUUUUCUUUUCUGUUUCCCGCUCCUUUCUCGAAUCUCACCAUCUUUCGUUUGACUCCUUUGUUUCUUACAAAACAAAAGAAUAGUGUCUCUUUUUUAUGUGUGUGUGUUGUUGUGUGAUUCAGACAGGAAAUGCAAACAUAGAUAGAGAAAUAGAUGAUGGAAGAGGGGUGCAAGAAUUCCAGAGGAGAGGGAGAGAUCAUGGAAACUCCCGAGAGAAGCAAGAACAGCCGAAUCGCCUCUUCCAUUGCCAAAUUUGAGGACUCCCCCGUGUUUAACUUUCUGAACAAUCUCUCCCCAAUCAAGCCGGUAUACAUCUCUCAGACGAUAAAUCCGCUUAGCUUCGCUUCCCUUCCAUCCGUUUUCACUUCACCGCAGCUUCUUCGCAGGCAUAGUCUUUCAGAUCCAUCAAAACCUGAGUUCUCCUCUGAUCCAAGCACGCGACUAGUCUCUAUCAACUUGGACGAACAAAGGGAAAAUCUCGAUCCAAAUUUUGAAAAUGCUGGUGAGCCAUCAAGGCUUGAUGUUGAGCUUGCAAAUUAUGAGUCCAGCAUUGAGAAAUCGAACGAGGAUGUGUUAGGCACUUGUUCAGCUCUUGUGGAAGGCCAGAGGAGCGUAAACAUGAGUGAGGCGAACGUGGAUGUGUUAAGCACUACCAAUGUAAACAGUUGGCAGAGUUUGAUCAAUGAUGCAUCCAAUCUAUUAACCUUUGAAUCACCAAACGCAGAGGAUUACAACAAGUCCGUUGAUCCUGCAUCGGCUUUCUAUAGGAGCAUUAGAAAUGCGAUACAGAACGCUCAAUCCCUUGGUGCAGCAGCCUGUGGUGAACCAGUUGAAGACAUGCCUUGCCAGCCUGAUGGAGAAAUUGAAAAUGGUGAUGCUUCUUCAAAGAUGGAUUAUGAGAAUCUUUCUGGUCUAUGCCGUGGUAUGAGAAGGCGCUGUCUCGUCUAUGAGAUGGCAGGAGGCCGUAGGAAGCAUAUGGAGGAUGGAUCAGCUUGUGAUUCGCCUCUUAUGCUAACGACUAGUGGCAGUGCUUCAUCGGACAAGCAAACAGGUAGGACUAAGACAGAAAAUGACUGCUCUCGUCUCUUGCCUGGGAUCGGCUUGCAUUUGAAUGCUCUUGCAGCGACUCCCAAGGACUUAAAAAUUGUCAAUCACGAGUCUUCAGCUUCUGGUAGAUUAUUGAUCGGACCAAGCUCAUCUGCCAAUUUUCGCCAAGACUUGCUAAGAAACUACUCGUUGGAAAGAGCAAAUGAUGCAUUAGAAAAUGGACGUAUCGCGAAUGAAGACAUCAAUCCGAGUAGUCCAAAGAAAAGGAGGCGUAGGUCAGAGCAAGGGGGAGACGGUGAAUCUUGUAAGCGAUGCAACUGCAAAAAAACCAAGUGCUUAAAACUUUACUGUGAGUGCUUUGCUGCUGGUGUCUACUGUGUGGAGCCGUGCGCGUGUAUAGACUGCUUCAACAAGCCCAUCCACGAAGACGUUGUCCUUGCCACUCGCAAGCAGAUUGAAUCGAGAAAUCCUCUUGCAUUUGCUCCCAAAGUGAUCAGGACCUCUGAUUCCCCAUCAGAGAUAGGGGGGGAUGACUUCACCAACACCCCUGCUUCUUCGCGCCAUAAAAGAGGAUGCAACUGCAAGAAAUCCGGCUGCCUCAAGAAAUACUGUGAAUGCUACCAAGGAGGCGUCGGAUGCUCCAUUAACUGCAGAUGCGAAGGUUGCAAAAACGCGUUUGGAAGAAAAGACAGCUCAUGUGCAUCAGCAGCAGAGCAUGAGCACGAAGAAGAUGAAAACGACAGCAGAAGCAUGUACAAUGCUCCAAUCCACGAUGAUCUUGAUAGUCAACAGUCACAUCAGCCGUUCGCAAAGAAGAGGCCACCUCGAGCCUCUUUUCCUCCCAUCGGCUCGUAUGCAUUUCCACCGCCACCUAAACUGAGGCCUAAUUGUGAAGAGGAAGUUGAUGAGAUGCCACAUUUUCUCGUUGGAGGAGAGUCUCCGAUCAAGACAUCCUCACCUAACAAGAAAAGAGUUUCUCCGCCUCAGACAUUGCCCGGUCUGAGGAAGUUGAUACUUCAGUCCAUUCCGUCGUUCCCUUCCCUUGCACCGAGCCAGUGAGACGAGCUCUCUUCGUCUGCUUGUUUUUCAUGUGCAUUGCUAUAUAUGUUCGGGCCCAGUGUGUUGUUUUAUUGAAUAAAAUGCUAUGUUAAUCUAUUGAUUCUUUUGCUGUUUGAGCAAUGUGUUUUUUAUACAAAGUUCUGUAAUUUCAUGGGGUCACAUUAAAUUGGUCA